ACGAGAGGCACGCUUCGUUCGACUCGAGAAACUUUGUUUUUAUUGUGUUAAACUUCCACCUGCUUGUGACGUGUGCUUUCGGUACUGUUUACUUUAGUAAAAUGUUUGAUAAACGUUUAGCUAACGUUUUCCUAAUCUAUGUCGUUUGUUAUCACGCUAAUUAUCGCCGAAAAGCCCACAUUUCGUGUAUUUACGUUUCCUCCGCGAAAACUUUCGGUUAGCAGGUAUGAGUCAUCCGUCCCGUUCCAACCGGGAUCACCGGGACCGAGACAGACUGGACCGAGACCGGGGGGAGGCCUCAUCGCAGGACAACAGCAGGUCAUCUCGGCCACCGUAUUACCCAUCAGACUCCCAUUCCCGUCCCAGGAGUAUCCGGGAAUCGUUUCGGAGUUCUUCCAAAUGCACAAACAUUUGUUCUAGGAGAGGUGUCAUGCUGAUCUGUACUGUCCUGACCAACGCCCUGGUUCUGAUCUGCGUGGUCUCAGCUCAGAUGGUCAUGUCCGGCAUGUCCUCAAUGGGCGGGUUUAGCACCUUUGACAUCAACACCAACUUCAACCUGCAGGGCACUGAGCUGGAGCAGGUCCGAAAUCUGGAUAUGCAGUUCAGCCAGAUGAGGGCGCCAGGCGUCUACGGAGGCGUGGCCUUUAGCCUGACCUUUGGGGUGGUUUCACUGCUGUUUGUGGUCGCGGGGAACAAGCCGCCCCAUCUGAUGUCACAGAAGUUACUGAAGGGGUCGUUUGGGUUCCAGGUGGUGGGGGCGGUCCUCUAUGUGAUAGCUGUGGGCCUCUACCUUCAUUUUGUGAUACAAGUCAACUCCACGGAUGUGUGUAAGCAGCGCGAGAGGCUUUAUUCCCGAAAUGGCUACACCUGGAUGAACUGCAGUGUGGGCGGGGGAGAUGCCGCCGUGGCUCUGUUUGCUCUGAUCACAGCCAUCUUGUACACCGUCGGCGCCGUUUUUACCUUCCAGACCAUCAGAAGAGUGUCUCGCUUCCUCCAGGACAGAAAGAGGAGAGAGGAGGAGAAACAGAGAGGCCGCCCACACUCACCACUGAGGGCUGGCACCACCCACGUGUGAGACGGGUCAAAAACUGCUUUUCAUGGCGCUCUUUUAGUCCAAAGCGAGGACUCUGGACACUCUCAUCAGAAGAUUUAACACAGAUCAGAAGUUAGGAGACUGGAGUUCCUCAGAAGCAGCAUGAAAAUUAUGUCAAAUGUGAACAAAAUAUGAAACUGAGCUCACAUGAAAACAUGAAUAAUUCUAACAAGUCUCUCCGAACGCCUCUGAAAAGUUUCUAUUCAGAAACGUCACAAAAAGUUUUUAUGAAUGAAAUGGUUUUUGUUUGCAUGUACAUAUUUUUGUUGUUUUACUUAACUUUAGAUGAUAUAUCAACUCAAAUUAAACGUGUAUUGUUUGGUGAUUCUUACUGUAAACGGAUGACUUUCAUUUUCUUGCAGAAAAAAGUUGGACUUGUUGGAAAAUGUAAGACUUUUAACAAAAUGACAACAUGAGGCCAUGAAUGCCUAAAGUAUUCAUAACUAUGCUAACGCCAAAACAACUGUUAUACAUUUGAAAUACAAAAUUCCAUUUAUAUGCCAACAUUUUUUAAGUUUUUGGCAUAAGCAUCUUGGUCUCCAGACACUAUUUGAUAUAUGGCUUUAUAAAUCUUCACUUUCAUGUAAAUCUCUUGAUAUAUUUGAAAAAUGUGUCUGUUUUUUUACAUUACUGUUUAAAAGUUAUUGGUCACUUUGAAUUGUUCAUAUGUUUGAAAGAAAAGCACAUUUUUUGUAAAUGAAGAUGCAUUGAAACUAAUCAGAAA